AUGGUAUAUCAUAAUAUUAAAAAAACAUUAAAAAGAGUUGGUAUUGUAGAGAAAAAAGUAAUACGACGUCAAUACAAUAGAACGUAUUAUGCAGCUACUAAACAACAAAGACACACACAUUAUAAUGACAUAAAAGAAACAUCUGGAAAAGAAAACGAUUUAAAGAUUAUUUUACCAACAAUACAGCAUCUUGCUGUAACAACAAACUCAAAUGAUUCUGAACAAGUUUUAAAAACUAACGAUUAUAUGGAUGCUAACAAAGAACAUUGCGAAGACAAUUAUUCUAUCGAGUACAGUUAUGAGAGCAAUGAGCAAACCAGCAUGGGCUUUGAUGAGCCAUAUGCCUUUUGUUAUGAGAGUGACAGCUCAUCGAUUUAUGAACUUGAUGAUGACUUAAAUGAUGAUGAGGAUACUGAUAAAAACUUGAACAAAGGCUUAAACGAAGAAAAAUGGAAGCUGAACUCACGACAAUACUCUAAAACUGAUAUAGCGACUUGUUUGUGUUUGUUAAAGAAACGUCACAAGUGUUCUAAUGCUUUAUUAGAAGACUUAAUUUCUCUGUUAUAUGCUAUUAUACCCGAUGCAAAAACCAAAAUUCCAAAAUCUCUUUUCGAAAUUCGAAAAUUAUUAAAGAUAAUUGAUGAUAAGAAGCAAUUAACAUUAUCUACAUCAUUGCCACCCCGAUCAUCUACGAUUGUUGUUUGUCAGUUGUGUGAAAUGAUUGCUCAAUCAACUGAUAAAUGUUCGAAUAUUGAUUGUUCUGAGAAUAUUGGAUUUAAAUUAAAACCAUACACAUAUACAUAUUUCAAUAUACGAAGGCAAAUAGAACAAAUUCUUCAGCGAGAAACUAAAAUAAACUUUCAAACGACUUCAUCAUUAUCAACAGCAUCAUCAUCAUCUUCUAUUUUAACAGAUGUUAAAGAUGGACGAAUUUAUCAUGAUUUUUUGUCUAAAAUCAAUAUACCUGAUUGUCAUUAUAUUACACUUACACUAUCGACGGAUGGUGUACAAAUCGGUACAUCAACAGAAAAAAGUCUAUGGCUUAUAACACUAACCAUCAAUGAAAUUAAUAAAUCAGAGAGGUUUUCAUUACACAAUGUUAUUAUUGGUGGCAUAAAUAGUUGUUUCAAGAAACCAUCACGGCAAAUUAUGAGAAUAAUGAUCAAUCCUAUUGUUAAAGAAUUGAAAGAACUUGAGAGUCCAAAAGGUUGUUAUAUCAAAUCAUUGAAUAAUAAAUUUGAAUUGUAUUGUGUUCAUCUACUUGGAUCAACAAAUGAUAAACCUGCAACAGCGUUGUUGCAGAAUAUAGCCGAACCUACUGCUGCAUAUGGUUGUUCGCGUUGCGAGAUAAAAGGUAUAAAAUCAACAUUUUGA